AUGAGUCGAUCGGUUGAAAUGAUUGUUAUCGAGUCGGAUGACGAGGACGACUCAAAGCCCAGUCAGAAGAUCCAAGCGGCUAGGGAAAAAAUUCAAGCAGCGGCAACGAGUCGGUCGGAACGACGGGAGAGGCCUCGUUCAUCUCGUUUCUCGGUGCCGCACGAUUUGAUUCGCGACGGAAUCGUGUACGUCCAGGAGAAUUACUACUUUUUCUUUCGCCAUUUCCUCGAUCAAGUGAACUACCAUGGGCGAAAACGAAAGGGAGAUUUGCUGAAGCUAAAGGAGUUGAUUGAGGAUGCGACACCCGCCGAAAAGAGUCGAAUCAUGUUGCCGAGGGAGCUCGAGCAUGCCCGAAGUCGUCUACUCUACUGUGAGCUCGUCAUUGAAGGCCUGCCGAGCGGUGUUUUCUUCGGAAGCGGUUUCGGUGCAAAAAGUCACGAGGCUCGCGCGUCUGCUGCAAAAGAUUUGUCGGACAAGUGCCUAAAAUUGGGGAUUUUCACGAGGGAACUCUGCGAGACCGCUAGUCUCAUGGAUGGAAAAGCAAAAAUCCGUAUUCCGCACAUGCGUCCAGCAGGUGAAGCGAUCAUAAACAUUUGCGAUUUCAUGGGAAGAGAGCUCUGGCCAUCAGAUGUGAUGACGGCACGCGAACUGGAACCAAUUGUGAUCGAAAGAUUGAAGAAACUCUUCGACAAGGCGAUUCGGCGAGCUUACGAAAAAAUCCCAGAGCAUCCGAUGAAUCAACGAGACGUCCCUCCAUCCGUCGGUCACAUUCGCGACUAUCCAUCAAGUAGCCAACAAAUGGGCAUCUCCUCAUCACAACGCUGCAUUCACUGUCAAGAGUAUGGACACAGUUUGGAGCGCUGCACCCUGCUCAUUCAACAAAUGGAGAUGAAAAAGCGACAAGCGGCCAUCAAAAGUCCCGCGAAACCAGCGGUUCCUCGUUUCGUCGGAGGAACCAAGCCUGUCAAUUUGCCCUACAAUGGUUCGUUGACCCAGGAUUUGCGAGCCUCUCAGAUUUUGAAUCGCCAGCCAGUGUCGGUGGAUUUUUAUGGAUUGCCGAUGAUGCAACAACAGUCACCGUUCAUUCCACCGGUGAUUGUGCCUCAAAGUGCAUCUCAAAUUGUGCCGACGACCCACGUCUUCACCGAGCUGGAGAUUCGACGCAGAGUUGAGGCGGAGUUGAAAGAAAAGGAGCGAAUUUUAGAGGAGCAAAUUCGGGAGAAAAUUCUGAGAGAGGAAAAGGACAAUUUGGAGAGAAGAUUGCGUGAGGAGAAAGAAUUGGUCGAGAGGAACAAAAUGAUGACAAGCUCGACGUUUGGUGCAACAAUAACGAACCCAAGUCAAUUUGGAGCAGCCACCUAUGCUGAGAAGAACAUGCUGCCAAGUACCACGUUCGGAGCAACGACAGCCUAUUCUGCAGCCUCAAAUCCGGCGAAACCACCGCAGAACUAUAAUCCGCAUGCGGCCAUUCCGAUUCUAAACGCGUACGCGAAUUUUGGCGCGCCGAAACAAGAGGAGAAAGUGAUGUGGACAAGUCGAAAAGGCGUGAAUGGGUACGGAUUGGGCACUGCUUUCGGUCUAGUACGAGAAGGCAAUCAAUUUGUGAAACAGGGUUUGAUGUGGCUUAGCCCGGGCGAUCCGAUCCACAAGAUUCAACGCAUUGCCACCGAUUGCGAGGAAACACUCGAGAUUUUGGAGAGAAGGGUUGAGACUGUUUCCGAUGCUGAGAUGCUAGAGUCACUGAUGCAGGCGGUGAGCGAAUUGGGCGAACAGGCGCGUGUGAUGACCGAGCAGCAACAGGUGGGGAUGCUCACCCAGCUGCAGCAACUGCUCAAUCAAGCGCUGGAGGAGAAACGAAAGAAAGUGGAAUCAGGGAGUGCCUCGACGUCAUCUCGAUCACAGAGGGAUCGCUCAACGGAAAGAGAUUGGCGAGGAAGUAGACGAUACGAGAGAAGAAAUGGCGAUGAAAGGAGGAUGAGGUCGAGAAGUCGAUCGCCACAAUUUGGACAUCGACAAGGAGUUUUCGAUGAUCCGGUGCAGCGGGUAUCGGUUAUGAUUGACGGGAAAGAGGUUGUGCUUUUACCAGUGUCGAGCAAAGAACACGUGAAGGCAGACGAGAAAUUCUUGGCGCAGGACUUCAAAAGCGGAAAAUGGGAAUCGUGUCGAUUGCUCAAGGUUCUGUCACCGAUUCAUGAUGAGGCGGCGCCCCGUUUGCUUCUUCGUCUUCCGAAUGGAAUCCGUUGGAAGCGUCAAUUCUCGGAAAUCUUCCGUGAACAACGAUAU